AUGGCCAGGGCUACAACUCGCUCACAACAACCAUCACAGUCUCAACCUCAGGCGCGCCAGCCCCGAGCCUCGCAGUCGCAAUCACAGUCGCAGCGGUCCAGGCACGCCCGCCAAGAGGAGGCCGAACAAGAGUAUGGCGAAGACGAGGACGACGCAGGAGGAGAGGAUGAUUCCAUGGACGGCGGGGACGCUCAGGACGACAUCGAACGCAAGGCGCACGAUCUCGUGAGGCUCGCGCUGUUCACUGAAACCCGGCGCAUGCCGCUAAGGCGUGACGAGAUCUCGAAGAAAGUGCUCGGCUCGAGCACGCGCAUGUUCAACGUCGUGCUCGGACGCGCGCAGGAAAUUUUGCGUCAAACAUUUGGUAUGGACCUCGUCGAGCUGCAAUCGCGCGCGGGGCUCGAGCGGGAGACAGGGGACAAGGACAAGGAUGCGGAGCUGCUCAAAGCUACGGGCGUGAAAAAGCGAGCGGCGCCGCUGGGCACCAAGACCUACGUCUUGCGCUCGCUGCUGGACCCGGUCAUCAUCGAGCGUUCAUGCGUGCCGGAUGCGGACAUCCUGCGACUUGAGCAGGACGAGGCACUGAACGAGGACGAGUACGACGUAGAGGAGACGGGGGCGGGGGCGCGGUCGACCGGUAGCAUCAUUGCAUGGCACCGCGCGGACGACGUGUGCGCGGUCGGCGUGUUGUAUGUCGUGCUUGCGCUCAUUCUCGUCGACGGGCGCGUCAUGCGAGACAGCGACCUGCUAGCGAUCCUGAAGCGGCUGCACCUCCCGCCAGGCUCGGCAAUCCCGCUGAGUGCGCGUUCAACGCACCAGGGGAUGGCUGUGGACGCGUACCUGACGCAGCUCAUGCGGCAGGGGUACCUGGACCGGCAGCGUACCGGAGACGCGAAAGGGGGCGGGAAGCGCGGACGGGGGCCGGGGGCGGCGCAGGGGGGCGCGGGGGAUGACGGUGGGGCGGUCUUUGAGUGGCGGUGGGGCGGGCGGGCGAUGGCGGAGGUGGGGGAAAAGGCGAUCGCUCGGUUCAUGGCAGAAUUCAUGGUGGAGCGGCCGGGGGAUGACAGCGAGGAAGAGGAUGGCGGAGGACAGCAAGACGAGGAUGGUACUUGCUGCGUUGACGUAUGGGGCCAUCAGACGCCCAUAGGGCUGCGGAAGAUGCCGCGACUAACUGCCACAGCCAGUGGUCACCAUCGUCUCUGCUCUGACUACUUCACUAUGUCCGACGACUCUGACUUUUCCGAGGAUGAGAUCCCUCUCUCUGCUUCAAAGCACUCAACACGAGCCUCGGGAAAGCUCAAGGACGAUGCAGACGAGGGUUACAGGAUUACAGGCGCGCUCAAAGUGCCUCGCGCGGCCAGUUACACAACACAAGCUCUUUAUGGCGCGUCGCCCCUCUGCUUUUCACGUGUACUGUACCUUUACUCAUCCUUGGAUCGUGUAGAGCAAAUGCUGAACGAAGACAUCAAUUUAUGUCCGGAUUACCAGCGAGGCAUCAUAGACUCGAUAUUCCGCAACUUCUACGUCCCCCCUGUCAUCUUUGGGCCGACGGCUCAGAGCACCGCAAGCUCGUCUAUCCCGCAGUAUCUCACAUGCGCAGCUCAUCAGCUCAUCCACUCGUACCUCGACAUCCAGAUUUAUGGACGUUCUACCUCAGCAUUCGUUCGCGAGCUUGUCAGCGAUUUCGUAACAGAUGGCCUCGCCACCACCCUUGAUUGGGACCUAACCCGUGGCGGAGACUUCCGCGUGCUCACCCAUGCCGUGUACAACAUGGAGAAGUGGCCUAACCUUGGUACCGUGCCCGGCGUCUCCACGCUCCAGAAGCUUCUCACGCGCGACGAGGAGAUCCCCUCCACUUUUUGGCGCGCCGCGCGCCAGACUCUUGACAUCCUCUUGCGCAUUUCGCGCGAUCCUUCACUGCACGCUGUCGCGUUUGAGCUUCCCGACGUCAAGAAGGUCGCGCCCGUCGAGGUCAUUAGUGCCAUAACACUUGUACAUGCGCACAAGCGCACGCUCACGCUGGCGCAACUUGCAGACGGCAUCGCGGCUAUGCGUCGUGCUGUGCGAGCGCGCGAGGCGGACAUCCGCUUAAACACGCGCGUCGUAAAGCUCAUGGUUGAUUUCAUCCGCGCUCUCACACCCGCGCAACUGCCCGCAGAUCCAGAUUCCAGCGCGCGUGCUGCGGCCAAGGCAUUCCCACUGGAGCGCAAACGCAAGCGUAGUGAGGAUGACAGCGAAGACGGUGAUGACGAUGACGAGGACAUUGGCCAGCCUCCUGCGUCGAAGAGGCAGGCGACGAAACAGGCGAGCACAGUGUCCUCCCCGAAGACACUCGCCCCGCGCUCUGACGGGCCUACCUUGACCGCCUCGCAGGCGCACGAUCAGGCCCCGCUCGACUCCAAUCCCGAGCCCGUGGUGCGUCAGGCGAUUUCCCCGCCUCCUGACCGCCUUGCCGUGCUCCGUGCCGCGAAAGCACUCAAGGGACAACCCUUACCGCGCUCGCUGUUCUCGUUCGACAGCAGCGCCGCGGCGGAUGCGGAUUCAAGUCAGACCAGCGGCACGGUGCCUGUUCUGCAUCCCUCCCACCAGCCGCCGCCGCCGUCGGCGGGCCACGAUCACCCAACUGCUCUUGUGUCGCUUGAGCAGUCUGUCAUGGCGCGCAUGGGGCCGACGCCUGCCAUACCACGACAUUCGCAAGGGGACACGAGCGGGCCACGUCCAUCUCUUGAUGCGGCCCUCCCAUUACGAUAUGGAUAA